AUGUCAUUGCCAUUGGUUUGUCCAUUACCCGCCGAUGCCAAUAAUGAAGUUGCAGAAUUAGCGAAGUUUUUCAAUGAAACAUUAGGAUUUUGUCCUAAUAGUGUUUUGACGAUGCAACAUCGACCGAUGAUCGCCAAGGCAUUUAUUCAGUUGAAUAAAGCAGUUAUGGCAAAUGAAGGUCGUGUCACAAGUGCUCUGAAACGACUGAUUGGUUAUGUUUCAAGUGCAAAAGCCGGUUGUCAAUAUUGUCGAGCACAUACGAUCUUAGCAGCGGAACGAUAUGGUGCGGAAGAGGAAAAACUUGCGAAUAUUUGUCACUAUGCAACGCAUGCAGCGUUUACAGAUGCUGAACGAGCUGCUCUUGAUUUUGCGGUUGCCGCUUCCUCGGUACCGAAUGCAGUGAACAGUUCGAUUAUAGAAAAUCUUCGUCGAUAUUGGAAUGAUGGUGAAAUCGUGGAAAUUCUUGGCGUGAUUAGUUUAUUUGGUUAUCUUAAUCGAUGGAAUGAUUCGAUGGGUACAACGAUGGAACCAGGAGCAAUUCAAGCGGGAGAAAAACAUUUGAAAAAUUAUGAUUGGUCACCGGGAAAACAUUCAUCAUAA